AUGACUUCAACAAUAAAAGCCAAAGGAGUUGGUUUUAAACCAGGUGAACCGUAUACACAUCGUUUAAGUAAAAUUCUUGAUGAAUAUCCAGAUGGAUCCCAAAUCCUUCGUGAAAUUCUUCAAAAUUCCGAUGAUGCAAAAAGUCGUCAACAAAUUUUUAUACUCGAUCGUAAUACUUAUCCUAAAAAAAGUUUAUUUGAAACCGAUUUAACUGGUGAUGGUGUAACAAAUUUAAAAUUGGAUCGAUAUCAAGGGCCUGCCCUCUUAUCAAAAAAUGAUACAAUUUUUGAAGAAAGAGACUUUAGUUCUUUACUUAGUUUAGCCAACAGUGAAAAACGUGAUCAAUUCGAUAAGAUCGGAGUGAUGGGUGUUGGUUUUAACUCUAUUUAUCAUAUAACUGAUUCCCCUUCUUUCAUCACUGGUAAUAAUUAUGUGAUCUUGGAUCCUCAUGAAUGGUAUUUUGAAGGAGGAAUUAAAUAUGAUUUUGUUAAGGAUAAAUUGGCUGAAAGUUAUCCAGAUCAAUUUGCUCCUUUCCAAAUUUCGGGCAGUAAAGAAUUAAAUAAAGAAUUUGAGGGUUCCUUAUUUAGAUAUCCUCUUCGAACGGCUAAUGAUGUUAUUGUUUCUGAAAUUGCAAAGAAAGAAUAUAAACCUGAUGAUAUAUUAGAUAUGUUUAAAAAAUUCUAUGAAAAUGAAAGUAUUAAUUGUCUAUUAUUCUUGAAAUAUAUUGAAGUCAUCAAAUUCUAUGAAAUAAAAGAAGGCGAAUCCGAAAAAACAUUACUUUACACAAUUGAAUUAGAAAAUGCAGAUGAAAUCAGAAUUAAACGUCAAUUGGUCGUGACUCAAAUUUCUCCAAUGAUGAAGUCAUUGGAUUCAGGAAAUUAUGACAAAGUUUCAACAUUAGGAACUUUAUUUAUUGCUAAUUAUCGGCAACAAGAAAAUCAAAAGGAAUCAGUAGACAAUAAAUGGAUUAUUUUCAAUUGGCUUGGGAAUUUGAAAGAUGCAGAAGAUAGUUUAAGAAAAAAAUUUGAAAAAAGUAUUAAGGAUUACAAAUUUAUACCAAAUGUUGGUAUUGCUAUGCCACUUAAUAAUCUUAAAGACAUUGGAAGACUAUUUUGUUUUUUACCUCUUCCAAUUUCUAUGCCUUUUCUUGGUUCUGUGCAUGGAUAUUUUGCGGUCAGUACCAAUAGGCGUACCCUUUGGACUGCUGAAGAUAAUGAAGAUCUGGCUUUUGAUGCGAUAGCUAGUCUUAAAGUAUUCUGGAACUUACAUCUUUUUGACGUUAUUCUUCCACAAGCAUGGGUAAACUUUUUGAUUAAACUCCCUUAUGAAUAUCCAAACAUAAAACCAAAUGAAUUGUAUGAUUUUUGGCCAAUAAUUCGUAAUAAUUCUUCGGGUAGUACCGUUAAGUUUUGCAAGGAAUUAUUAUUAAAUGUUAUAAAUAAUCUUGGGGUUGAUGACGAAGUAUUUUGUGGACCUUCUACAUCAAAUCCACCCGGAGACAUGUCUAACAUAUUACCGAAGAUUUCAGACACUCGCAUUAAGAUUGAAACUAAAUUUCGAUUAUUAUCUUUAGCUAAUGGAUAUUUACCAGAAGCUUAUGCAUCUUCUAUAGUAUCAGAAAUUCUAAGAAAUAUCGGUUUCCCAGUGAUAGAAAUUACACCAGGAAUUAAAUCUGAAUUGAGUAGAUCACGUCACAAAGAUCAUUUAAAUUAUUAUUCACCACAAAUAAUUAGAAAAUACCUUCACCAAAAUCGUUCUCGAUGGCAAAAUUUAAAACGUGAUGAAAUUUUGAAGAAAUUUAUUGAUAAAGAAAUUCCCAACAGAUUAUGGGAGAUUUUAUAUGAAGGUGCGAAAGGUAACUGGGAUCUCAAUAUCAAGAUAUUAACCAAAAUUACUGUAGCUAAUUUAAUUAAGAAGAAUUUGAAGGAGUACAAUAUAAAUUCUGAUGAAAUCAAAUCGACUGUUAAUCGUGAAUGGAUUUAUCUAAUUUGGGAAAAUUUUGAAGCGAGGAGCUACGAUUUGGUGGAAUUUGAAUCUUUACAUCUUUUACCAACAAAUCAUGGAACGUUACGGAAAGUAAAUACUUCCGAAAAAUGUUUAUGGAAUAGUAUUGAUAAUGAACUAGAUAACAAAAUUCAACCACUCAUUGAAAAAUUCGGAGCAGUAUUUAUUGAUAAAAAUUUUGAAAAAAGUUCAAUACACGAUUGGAAAAAUCUUUCACCUUACGUUUUUAAACUGGCUGAUGUGUCAUCAGUUUUGUCCUGUCUAUGCAAUUCAAAUUCAUAUCCUCAAAAUUUGAAUAUUGAUUUAUCUUCCCAAGAUGCAUUAGACAUGAUAGAAUAUUUGUGUGCUCAUUUGCAGUUAAGAAAUUUUCAUAAUUCUGGAAAUGGUAAUGCUGAUUUAAUCAAAGUGAUUAAAAAUCUCCCAAUCUUUACUGAAGUUGGUCAUGAAAAAUUCAUUUCACUCCAAAAUAAAAAUCGGAAUUGGUAUUUACUUCCCAAGGAAAUUGAGGACAGUUAUGGGAAGAUAAUAGCUCCUCCUGAAAUAUGCUUUCUUAACGCGAAUACAACAAGUCUUCAAUAUAUUUUUGAAAAAGUUAUCAAGAUUAAACGAUUAUCAGAAAUCAAUUACUGGAAAUAUUGGGUCUUUCCCUAUUUGUGUUUACAACCUUUGCACAUACUCGAAGUGGUAGUUGAAAAAUUAUUCAAUCGAUUGGAAACAUUCAAUUCAGAAUUAAAAGAUAUAUUGAAGGAAACAACUUUUGUUACAACUGGUACACUUGAAAAGUUUUUAAAAAAAGAAGAUUCCGAUCAAUUUAUUUUAAGUAGACCUAUAGAUUUAUAUAAUCCCGAGAAUCGAAAAAUUUCAGAUUUAUUUUUUGAGGAUGAAAAAGUUUUUCCUGUUGGGAAAUUUAUGUCCCGAAAAAUAUCUUUGCUUAAAAAUUUGGGUCUUAAAAUAUUCCUUUCAACGGAUGAUAUUCGUAAGCGGUUUGAUGUAAUUAAUGCGAAUCGAGAGAUUGCCAAGAUUGACAAUAAACCCAAAUUAUUUGAUGACUUACAUCUUAAAUCUUUUAAAUUGGUUGAAUAUAUUGAUGAUUCAUGGGAUAGAUUAUUUAUUAAAAGUAAUUUAAAUCAUUCUAUUUUUCCUUAUCUUCAAUCUCACGAUUGGAUUCCAACGAUGGAAAUUUCAAAACAAAAAAGAUUUUCAAAACCUCAAGAUUGUCGAGACGUGAAAGAUAAGGAUUUAAUUGGAUAUAUUGCUCCCAUUCUUUACUAUGAAAUUAAGAAUGAUAGUUUUCGUAAACAUUUAGGAUGGAAAGGAUAUGUACCCGUUCAACGUGUGAUUUCUCAGCUUAUAGCAUGCCCUCAGCAUUCAUCAGAUCAAAAUAUUUAUGAUAUUUGUAAUAAAAUUUACGAAUAUAUGAAUGAAGCAAUUUCAUCAAAAGAUCCUCAAUCCCAAUCUGAAGCCUUUUUACUUCGCGAAGAACUUCAUGACAAACCAUGGAUUUUGGUUAAAGGUCGAUUCUAUUCAUCUGAUAAAGUUGUUUUUGAUCUUCCAAAAGAUUUUGGAAAUAAAAAUACUUUAAUAGUAGAACUUCCACAUUAUUAUCAACCGAAAAAGGAUAUGUUUCUAUUUAUGGGUAUUCGUCAAAAAGUCAUGAUACAAGAUUAUAUUAAUGUAAUAAGAGAUAAUUUUUAUACCGAUGAAUCCAGUAUAUUGUCAUUGGAUAAAAUAUUUGAAGUAAUUGAAUAUAUUGAGCAAAUUUCAAAAAAACUUGAUGACAAAACAAGACUAUCAGGAACAUUAAAAGGUUUGCUUAUACCUACUACAAAAGGGAAGCUUGUUGAUUUAAAUGAAAUUCAAUAUGAUGAUAUGGGUACAAGGUUGAGCCAAGAACAAAAAGAUGAAUUUUUAAUUUCACAUUCAUCUAUAUCAUUAAAUACUGCACAGAAUAUUGGAAUGCAAAUGCUCACUGGGAAAUUUAUGGAAGAUGCUGAUGAUUUUAUCCCUGAAUUUUAUGAGCAAGGUGAAUCUUUAACCACUAGAAUUAAGAAUAUCAUCAAUAAUGCUGAUGAUGCAGGCGCUCAACAUUUUAAAUUAUACAUCGAUGAAAGAAGUUUCACAAAAAACAGUAAUUCUUUACUAGAUCGUGAAAUGAAUCUUUGGCAAGGACCUGCUUUAUGGAUUUAUAAUGAUGCAGAAUUUACAGAAAAAGAUUUCGAAUCAUUGCUUAAACUUGGGUCUGGCAGUAAAUCAAAAGAUGAAAACAAAAUCGGUCGAUUCGGUAUUGGGUUCAAUUGCGCUUUCAACUUCACUGAUCUUCCAAGUUUCGUUAGCGGUGAAUAUAUCGCUUUCUUGGACCCACAUGGCCAAUAUCUUCCAUCUAUGGGAGUUCCACCAAGAAGGCCCCUCGGAAAUCGAUAUAAUUUUUUGAAAUCAGAUUUUAGAAAUCGAUUUUCUGAUCAAUCACUACCUUAUCUUUCUAUUGAAGGAUGUGAUUUUCAAAAAAAAUUCAAUGGAACUUUAUUUAGAAUUCCUCUAAGAACUCAUAAGACAAUCAGUAAAAGUUUGAUAUCUGAUAAAAUUUUCGAACCUAAUCAUCUGCAAAAUAUGUUCGGCAAUAUAGAGGGAAAUAAAGAAAUAUUAUUUUUAAGAAACAUUAAAUACUGUAGUGUAACAGUCAUAAAUCCGAGAAUGGCUCUUAUGUCAUCUUUAUUGAGUAUGACAGGGCGAAGCAAGGAAGAAAGACCUGAUUAUUCUUCACAGUUGAUCUGGGAAACCAAGAUUAAUAAUAUGUCUCCAGACAUAAUGGAAAUGCGUAAAUCGAAUAGUUACGAACAAAAUAUAUUUAGUCUCGGUAUUGAAAUCUUACGUGGAGAUAAAAAAAGAAUUGAAUAUUGGCUUUUAAGUUCUGGUGGGAGCGAAGAGGUAAAACCUGAAUUUAAAUAUUUCGCUGAAGAAAAGAAAGUAAUGCCUAGAGGUGGCGUUGCUGCAUUAAUUGCUGAAGAAGCCAAUCAAAAGACAAAUUAUUUACCAAAAAUAAGGGGAGAAAUGUAUUCGUACUUGUCACUCUCGAUGACUAACAAUUUGAAAGUAAUGUUAAAUGGCAGCUUUUCUUUAUCCAGUGAUCGUCAGAACAUUCUUAACUCUGACUUAAUGGCGGACAACAACGAUGAUAUCACUGGAAAAUGGAAUAGAUAUAUAUUAUUUGAUAUUUUGCCAAUAUUACAUGCUAAAUUGCUUGAACAAAUUGCAAUUAUCAAUUUUGCUCAAUUUAAGGAAUUUAUGGAUGAUCCUAAUCAAUCAGAAGAAAAUUUUAUUGCAAAAAUGAUUACAAGAGAUUGGCCAAUAGCCUUUAACGAAGAAUUUCAAACUUCAGGAAUUUAUAAAAGAUAUGGGUUAACAGUUAUUCAAAAACUUUAUCAUCGUAAUUUUCGUAUAUUUUGGACAGAAGCAAAUGAAGGGGAAUUUUUAUCAUUUAGAGAAUCUUGUUUUGCUAAUCCUGAGAAUUCAAUUAUUUCCGAUGUUCUUAUCAGAGAAAAUGUUCCAAUUGUAAAAUUGUCAAAGGAACAAUAUGAUAACAUUGAAGAACUUCCUAAGCUUAAAAGAGGACCGAUCACGCCUAAUGUUAUUUCACCUCAACUAAUAUGUGAUACUCUUCGUAAUAAUGAUAAUAUAUGGAAUUCCUACAAAAAAUUCACGAGCGUAACAGAAAACAAAGAGUCCAAUAAUAAUAUCCAAAAAACUGUUUUUCAUAUAUUGGGAUUCAUAAAAAGCAAUUUAAAAUCUUUUGACAUGCUCGAUGAAGUGACCUUAGUCCCUCUUUUAGGUGGUAAUGUUGGAACAUUCGGAAAACAAGAUUAUUAUUUAGCUAAAAAAGAAUAUAGGGAAUUAUUUAAAAAAACUGGACCAACUCACUUUAUCGCUAAGUUACCAGAAGAUCUUAAAGUCAUUUUUACCGAAGAAUUGAAAAUAUAUAAACUUAAAGCAAAAAGCAUUAUCAAACUUUUGAAAUUAGAGCUUCCCAAUAUGUAUAAUGUGAAGGAAAUAGAUUGGGACCCUCAUUCAAAAUCAUAUUUAAAUAUAGACUGGAUUGAAAAAAUUUUGUCAUUCUUUACAGUGAAUGAUCAAUUUGAACUUUCGAAUUUUUCCAUGUUUCCUCUUCUUCCGAUGACUAAGCCUUCAAAAAAUAACGCAUCUAAUAAAUCAUAUGAUGAACUAUUCAAAUCUUUAUCCCCGGAGGAUAUUAAAAUCCUGAAGUCAUAUAUUAAUGAAAAUAUUUCAGCAGAAGUUAAAAAAAGACGUGAAACUUUAUCAAUCCUUAAAGAUUUACCAAUAUGGUCUGCACAUUCUUCCGAUAAGUUUAUUUCUGCUAAUUCGGGAGCUCUUCUUCCAAAGAAACUUCCAUAUUUUUCGCUUCCAACUGAUGCUUAUGUAUUCCCCCCCGAAACUGAAGCUGGCGAUAUGUUCUCCCCCGAAGAUGAUACUGAUUACGAAACUUUGUUCCAAAUUGCAAAAAAAACUUAUACCGAAUUAGAUUAUGUCAAAGAGUACCUAUUUCCAUGUUCUUUACAAAUUAUUCCUGAUGACAAAUAUGUUGAUCUUUUGAAGAAAGUUCUUUUAUUGAAAGAUCCUGAAAUCGAAAAUUAUUUAAAAUUCUAUGAAGUCAUUCCAAAUAAAUCACUUACAGCACUUGUUAAAGCUUGCACAUUGUAUGAUUACAAUGUGGAAAAAUUUCGCCGUAUUUUUGGCGAGAAAGAUGUAUUUUUGCCACCGGCAUUACAAAAUGAUGCAAUAGUUUUAGAUGCAUUAGCAAGAAUGGGUUUCAAAAGAACCAUCAAUUCCGAUACUUUUAUUGAAUGUGCUCUUGAAGUUGAAUCUAAAUUUCAAAAAUCUAAUAUUAUUCCUUUGCCGGUCACCAAAUUAUUGGUUAGAGAAUUGUUGGCUUAUUUCUAUUAUGAUGAAAACUUACUAUCAACAUUUAGUCAAGAACACUUGGAAACACUUCAGAAUAUCAAAUUUAUUCCUAUUGAAUUAAAUAUUCCUGAACACUACAAGAUUUUUGCUACAAAAACCUCUGAUCCCGAAUCCUUCAAUUCAUUAUAUUUACUUAAACAUAAAAAUUUGGUUUGGACUCAAGCUUCAAUGAUUGAGAGGACACUUGAGCCACCAGAAAAUAUGAUUCGAAGACUGGGAGUACUUAAACCAAAUCUCAAGGUGGUGAUCGACCAUUGGCGUGUAGUAGUUAAAGAUAUAACACAUACAACAAAUUCUUAUUGGAGAUCACCUCAAGGUUGCAAUGAAUUGAAAGCAAUUUUAAGUGAGAUUUAUGACACUUUAAACAAAUUUGUUGAAAAUAGAACUACCAAUCUAGAAGGAAUAAUAAAAAUAAAUGAAAAAUUAUUUUUGAAUGGAGAUGAUCCAUUUAAUCCAGAACAUUGGGUAGCAGGGAUAAAUUUAGUAUUUAAUGUUACUGAAAGUAUUGGACCUAAUUUACAUAAAGUUAACAAAUUUCUACAAGGUUACAAAUCUUUAUUGAAAUUAGCUGGAGCAGAGGAAUUAAAGAAUAUUAAAGGGUCGGUACCAGUACCACAACACGAUCAAUCAAAACAGCUAAUAAAACAAAUGAUCGAUUUUUUCGCGGAACAAGAAGCAAGCAAACACCACGAUGUAAUCUUUCUUGUUAAAGAAGAAAAAAUAUAUGCAAAUCGAUAUGUUUUAUCAGCUGCUGCGAACCAUUUUAAGACACUUUUCUGCGGUCAAAUGAAUGAAUCUGUAGAAUUUCAAAGAGUGGAAGUGAGAAUUGAUGAUAUUGAGCCUGAAACAUUCCGAAUACUUAUUCGGUGGUUAUAUGGUCAACCAUUUGAUGAGGCUGUAUUGCACAAUAGUAAAACAUAUGACUUGUGGACUUUAAUUGAUCUUCUUAAGGCUUCUGAUAAAUAUCAAAUUGAUCCACUUAAAGAAUUUAUUGAACAUACUAUUGCAGUUAAAUGCGAAGUUGGUGUGAGUAAUGUAUUAGAGAUCCAAAGUUGGGCAAAUGAAUGUAAUGCGAAACAACUAAAAGAUUAUUGUAAUAAGUACAUUGCCGAAAAUCAAACUUUAGUUUUGCAGAAAAGAUUGGAUAUUAUUGAUAAUGCAGAGGACGAGGAUGAAAUAAAUCAAGAAAGGGAAAUGAUAGGAACUUUUCUACUUUUUGAAUAA